CUUCAUGCGAAUUUUCCGCCUUCGCUCCACUAGCGCCACUAGCGCGCUAGCGCAUUGACGCCGCAGCCGCGAGCUCUGCCAGUAGUUGACUAUCAGUGGUAGACAGUGGGGCGCGAGGAGUGGUUUCGUGAUCGGAAGGAUUAAAGUUUCAGAGGCAACUCGUGUAAAUCCUGAAAUUGAAAGGUAUAUUUUAAAUUAUCACCAUGUACCCGUACCAUGAACUGUUAAGCCAUAAACAGUGUUGUCCUUUGGCCCACACUGGAGAAUGUAUGGACGUCCUGAAACAACAAAUCGUACCAUAUGAUGCAUGCUCUCCUCUGAUCGAAGCAUCAAGAACGGGGCAUAAAGAGAUGGUACAGAUGCUUCUGUCACUGGAAAUAAAACCCAACUUGGAAGAGGAAGGAACAUUGCGCUUCUACGGAUAUAAAAUCAAAGGAGGGGGCCAUUUUGAAAUAGUGAGGAUGUUAGUGGAGGCUGGUGCAGAUAUAAAUCAUCCAACCAAAAAGAACUCCUUUCCUAUACAUGCUGCUUGUUACAAUGGGCGAUUGGAUACUGUUGCUUACCUCAUCAGCAAUGGAGCAAGUAUUCAUGUUGGAGACUUUCACAACAAUACAUGCUUGAUCAUUGCCUCAUAUGGUGGUCACUUAAGUGUAGCUAAAUUUCUCUUGGAAAAUGGGGCCAAUCCCAAUGAGAAGCUGCACUGUGGUACGACUCCUUUGCAUAUUGCUGCAGAAUGUGGUGAUGUCGGUAAUAUAAUUGUAUUACUUGAAAAUGGUGCAGUAUCAUCAAAAAAUGAUAUGGGGUUGAGUCCCUUGAUUGCUACUGCAAAUGGUACUCAAGCACAUGUCUUGGAGUAUCUGGUAACACGUGAGGAAUUCUCCAAGGAGGAAAAAAUUGAAGCUCUUGAGCUUCUUGGAGCUUGUUUUGCUAGUGAUUUGUACUAUUACAAUUUAGGUUUGGCUUACAGUUAUUUGAAGCGGGCCAUGGAAUUGAGGUACAGUGAUACAGAAAAUCCAGUCCUCAAGAAACUACAAAAUCCUAUAGCUGCCUAUGAGUAUUGGAUUGAGACACAAACAUUAGAAGAGCUUCAAAGCAUACAAUAUAAUGUCAAUUCUCUCCAUAUGGAAUCUAUGGCAAUUAAAGAACGUGUACUUGGUGUUAAAAAUCCUGAGGUAGUUGAUUCUGUGGAAUUUCAAGGAUCUGUACUGGCAACAGAAGGACGAUUUGACACAUGUAUAGAGUUGUGGCUCCAUGCAUUACGUAUACGUCGACAAAAGAAAGAGACAGUUUCAAAGAAUCUGAUUCAGUUUGCUGAGGUAUUCUGCAAAAUGUUAAAUUCAAGAAUGAAUGUGAGAUUCUCACAUAUUGCAGAGGUGCUGGAAGCUUGUAUUCAAGAAUUGGAAAGAAGUAAUGAGGCAAAUACAGAUAAACUCUUGGAAGAGCAUUUUGGACAAAUGGGGGAAUUUCAUAAUAAUUAUAAUACAGUGUUGUAUAUUUUAAUAAUUACAACAAAAAUGAUGUAUCUAUGUUCCCCAGAAGAAAAAUCAAAUGUUCAUAAUAUGGUGUCUAAAUUAGUAAAAAUGCAACUGAAAAUGGGAAAUGGUCGAACAUUAUUGCAUUCGUGUGUGGAUGUGGCACCUCCUGUCAUGGAUAGAGACAUAGAAGAUGUUUGCAAAUUUCCUUGUGCAGCAGCUGUAAAACUUUUGGUUGAAUGUGGUGCAGAUGUUAACGCAAUGGAUAUGAAAAGAAAUACUCCAUUGCAUGUUAUUGCAAGUUCUCGAGAUACUUAUCCAGCUUGUAAAAUUAUUUCCACACUCCUUGAUGCAGGUGCUCACAUUGAUGUUGUUAACAUAUAUGGUGAAAUGCCCUUUAAUUUUGCAAAAAAAGAUGCGGUCUUAAAGAGAUUGCUAAUGAACCUGCCAUACAGUUUGAAAUGCUUGGCUGCCAGAGCCGUAAAGGCAUCCAAAAUGUCAUGUGAAGAUUUGAUUCCCCAACAGCUCUUGGAGUUCAUUGAGCUGCAUGGUAUGCCUACUGGAGAAAAUUGGAAGAAUCUGAUUUGAUUUAGAGUAGAUUGUCUUGAUAAUUGAUUAGACAAUGAUUAUAGCUUAAUUUUGAGCAUUUUGUAUAUGGAUAUAUGAUGCACACACUUUGAAGCAUUAUUUGAGGAAUUAGAAGUGUACAAUGAGAUAUUUGUACUAUUUGUCUAUGUAGUCCCAUCUAUUUGUUUAAGUAAUUUUUAUUUAAAUUGAAUCAUUUUACAUAUGAUACUAUGUAAUUAUUUCCAUGUUUUGUGACAUUGACAGACAUACUAAAUUCUUGAAAUUUUAAAUAAAGUAGUAUUGAUGAGUGGAUU